UCAGCUUGUAAAUCUAUUGCACUUUCGCGACUGGGUAGAGUUUGAAUUGGUGUCCCGCCUCCAUUCGGAGGCCUUAGGAGCGAAGUCCCAGUUUAUUGGCUGUUGGCAGCGACCGGCCGCUUAUGUUAAAUCUGUUCGGGUCUGGACGGCCGUACGUGAUCAUGUGUUGCUGUGCGGCUCGAGUGGAAUUCGUCGCUUCCUCUAGUCACGACCGUUUUUGAAUAGUGAGUCAUUCGCAGUCGUGAUUCACUUGGUGGAUGAAUGCGCUGUAUUUCAUUCGGAAACAGACCUGCACUUGCCACUGUUCUAGUGCGUGUCCAUGAUGAUGCUUCAUUCAGCGAUCGCUUAGUCUGUCGCGUCCGUGGCGGCCGUGUUCUGCUCCAGACUUUUUCGGCUCCCAAGCCUGUCUGCCGGAUAAGGAUGCUUCAGGGGCUUGGUGGUCCAGAUCGAGAUAGCCCGGUCUUCCGGCUGCGUUUCACGACCUUCAUCGUGGGCACCGUCUGCCUGCCGCUCAUCGGCUUCGUGUUUUGCAUCUUCAUUUCACUGAUCUUUCAUUUCGAUGACUCCACCGCUACGCACUGUAAGGUUCCCAACUACCUGCCCUCUAUCAGUGCUUCCAUAAGUCUCAUACCUGAGCGUUACAUCUGGCGCUUCUGCAUCAGUCUGCACGCCGCCCCCAGGUUCCUGGCAGCAGUGAGCUACUGGAAUUUCUACAACAUUUGUUUCAAAACUCAGCGGAUCUACCAGUUCCUGAGCUUCUUGAACCUGCUACUGAAUAUCUUAGAAAACCUGGGACUGCUGCUGCUCACCUAUGUGUGUUCAUCUGAGAAUUACUGGCUUCAUAAAAAUGGCUUUAUCACGUUCAUCGGUAGUUCGAUCCUACACAUGCUUGUAACCUGCCUUCUGUGGAAGAUUAUUAAAGUGUAUUCAGUAAGUCCGGAGGAGCAGACGUCCUACAAGUGGAAGAUUCGCCUUUUCUUCUUCAACUUGAUUCUGUGCAUCAUUGCUUGUUACUUCUAUGUCCGGCAUAACAGAUACUGCGAACCAGGCAUUUACACCUGUUUUGCUUUCUGUGAGUACUUCGUGGUCUUCUCCAACAUGGCGUUCCAUUUGACAGCGUACUGGGAUUUUGGAAACAAAGACGUGAUGGUUGUCACCCCACCAGAGAGCAAGCGCUUCUGACAGAACCUCCGAGGCCGAGACAGCUGGAUGGAGGAUGGCAGCUGUUCCUUUCAGAAUCCUCAGAACACUUCCCAAGUAACUGGCACAAUGAGGAAGAUACCAGAGGAAGAGCUUUUUCAUAUAUUCCUUUAAAGCACAAUGAGUCACUGGUCAUUUCAAACUUCAGCUGACACAUAACACAGAAAACCUUGUUAAAUGCACAAACAGGCUCACUUUGACCUACCAGAAAGAUCAGUGCUUAGGCAAGUAUUGGAAUACGAAUAAGAAUAGUUCAGGAUUGAUCUGCACACCACUAGGCCGAUUUUAAGUAUGGGGCACCAGAAAAGUACAGUUUUAAUGGUGCGCCCAUUCGUCACUUCUAUCUGGAAAAGCAACAGUGCAACAACAUGUGAAGUGAGACUAACUCUGCACUUAAAGAAUUUCUUUGUUUUAAUCUGAAAAAGGACUAAACCAGGAUUCCUUCACUUCCGGAAAAACUAGACAUAAUGUCUUGUAGCUCUUCUGCAGACUAACUUGACCACUCAGUCCCCACAGGCCUGAUAACUGCAUUGAUGUUAGGAAUGCUUUUUCACUUUAUGACAGUCUCACAAACCUCUCUGUGUUCGUGCCUUUGCAUAAUGCAACUACACUUGAUGCACCUUCUUUUUCUAUCCGCUCAUAUUUCUCCAUGGCAGUCCUGUGUUUCAGUGUUUGCCUUUUCACCACAUACUGUAAAAAAAUUCAUGUCCCAUGUGUCAUUGACUCAUUCAUUUGCAUUUUAAACCUCUCUCUUUCAUGAAUGGCACAGAGCUUACUGGGGUGAAGUUGCGCGAUCUGUUUGUCAUCUUUCAGGUCUACCUGCUCUCAAAAUACUUAUGACUGACUUCUCUUAGACCAGAGCAAUCCACUUUGUCUACAUUAUGUAGAACACAGGCCUCUUGAGGUACCUGAUUCUAUUGAAGGUCUAAAACUUCAGAUCUUGAUUUGAUAGUCAGAAAGUCCCGUAUUCUGUUGCAUUGUAUUCUUGAUCUCCUGUUGCUAGAAUCCGUUAAUGGUUUUAGUAAGUUGCUACUGCCUCAUAGAGUAGGUACUAUAUCCCAGCAUCCCUCAAGUCUACAUACAAAUGCCGUUUUUCUUUGCAAAUAUUUAAGCUAUAACAUGGAUGUCUGCUGUAGUUUUGUAAAUCUCAGGAAAUUGGUUAUUUGUAUUACUGUUGGUGGUUUGUUUUUUAAUUCUGUACUGUGAACGUUUUAAAGUUUUAGAAUUGUUUAGGGGUUUUAAGACCAAUGUCUUUUGGGGACACAACUAUUGAAAUACACAUUUUAUUUCACCGAGUUAUAAAUGUUGUACUGCAGUGGAUACUGUGAAAUCCAUUUUAACAGCUCCCUGUAUCAUACUUUCUGUCUCACUCUUAAUUGCCUCAAGGAUCUCCUUUAUAAAGGAUAAUUAAGGCUCUUUGUGUCAGUUUUCUCAUCAAACAAGAUGAGAAAAUUGCUGAACAGAAAAGACUCCUCGUGUGAGGACAUUCCUGUCAAAAUGCACAUUAAAUCCCAAGAGGGCUCUUUGACAUCAUAACCUGAAACACAAACUUGAAAUCUGUAUGAUUUUUUAUUUUUAAAUAACACCAUAUGAAAUUAAAAAAAUAAUGCUACUGGGUUGUUCUUUCUUAAAAAUAUUUCGAUUUCCUGUUAAAUAAUUAAUUAUUUUCAUGUUUUGUGAGGCGAUUCCCCUGCCAAAGAAAGAAAGUAGUAAGGCUGACUGUUGUCGUAUGUGCUUAUUUACAGAUUUAUUUUUUUAAUUUAAAUACCAUCACCUACUGGUGCCUGGAUGUUAUGUAUAUAAGUGAGAUUGUAGUGAAAAUUGUUCAGGCAAAGGCUAGAUUAGUAAUUCCCUGAAGUAGGUAAGUACUGUAAUUCCUGAGUUGUAUCCAUAAACCUUAAUUCAGAAUGUUUUUAGUUUCAGUUAUUUCUCUUGGGAUGGAUACUACACAAUUAACUUGUAAAUUCAUAGGUUCAUUACUAAAUGUCAGUAUUAACACAGAUUAUGGAGGAGAUUUUGGCUAGAAAUGUUUGAAAUAAUCUGUUGCCUUUUCAGACGAUGAUGACGCUUCCUGUCUUGAUUAAUUGUCAGCUGCUGUUUUUGUGAUUGUGGCUCCAGUAGGAUUGUGCUUUUAAGGCCAAUGUGCUAUAGUGGACAAUUAAAUAAAUAUCUUCAUACAAAAUCAUUUCAAGGUAAAUGAAUCUUCAUUGUUCUGUUGUACGUUCGAAGUAUAUCUUAUGUCAAAAUGAAGGUAAUCUACAAAUGUAAUUUGUUAACCAGCACAGGGUUGUCUGUUAUUAAAUGCACCUGACUUUUA